UGAGUGCUACUCAGCUGGCAAUGGUAAUUGGUAAUCACUGGUUCGUGUUCAGCUUGCUAGGAUCGUUGAGUGCGUGUAGGAUACGGUCGAAAGUGGAAAAAAACAGUUGGGCCAGUAAAGCCUGUUGUUACAUGUUUUUGUUUGAUUGGUGUUUUUACAACUUAUGUCUCAAAAUUUGUUAUAUUGUAUAUGAGAAAUUUCUUCGUUUCUUUCAAGCAGAAUUUUAAAAAUCUGCUAUCAAAUAGUACCAAAAUAAAAAUGAACAAGGAAAUAAUUCCAACCGAGGUCGUCGAACGACCCAACGAGAAUGAAUGUUCCGGAACCGAAAAUUUUUCCGAGCGUCGGGACUCGACUCCUAGUGACGUCAUGACACUGAAUCAUACGGUUGAUGAUUCUACUGCUGAGAAAGAGUACCGCCAAGAUUUAUCUGUAGUUCAAAUGCGCCGGCUAGAGUAUUUGGAGGAUCAGUUUGGCCAGUUCGCCAAGUUCACUCAGCAGCGGAUGCUGGAUCGAGUGAAACGUGCUCCCGGUUAUCGCGAACCUGUUGAAGAUGUUAACAACAAUGCUGCUACAGUCACAGAACAAGGAAACAAACGAAGGCAGCCGCACCACGCAAAAGAAAAUUAUUUGGAAAGUAGUUCCUAUUUUACCGAAUCACCAUCGUUUAUUAAAGGUCAUAUGCGAGAUUACCAAAUCGACGGGUUAAACUGGUUGAUAUCACUAUAUGAUAAUGGUAUCAACGGGAUUCUGGCCGAUGAGAUGGGACUGGGUAAAACGCUGCAAUCGAUUUCAAUGGUGGGAUACUUGCGUCAUUAUAGGAAAAUCAAAGGACCUCAUCUUAUCAUCGUUCCACUAUCAACGAUCAGUAAUUGGAAACGGGAAUUUCAACGUUUCUUGCCAGAAGUAUCUGUUCUACAUGGUCACUGUUAUAAGGAGGGAAAGCGUGAUUUACGUGAUGUUUUGAAAGCCCGUCGUCGAUCCUGGGACGUAGUUGUAACCAGUUAUAAUUUUUUCAUAGAUGAAGCAACCGCUUUCAAGCAAAUCAACUAUCAGUACGUUAUCGUUGAUGAAGCUCAACGUUGUAAGAACGAAAAAACUCAGCUUUCUCUUCAUCUUCGGAGUUUAACCUAUCGAAGUAUACUUUUCUUGACGGGAACACCGAUUAACAAUAACUUGCACGAGUUGUGGGCAUUGUUGAACAUACUUCUACCAGAAUUUUUCCGAAAUGCAGAGGAUUUCGAUUCGUGGUUCAAAGUGGAAGAUUGUAUCGACCCCAACCAUGAGCGAGCGGUGAGAUUGAAAAAUAUUCUUCAACCAAUACUACUCCGCCGAAUUAAAGCAGAAGUGGAACUUGACUUACCACCAAAGAUUAAAACAACAAUUUUUAUGCCCCCAACACGAAUGAUGCGACUCUGGUCCAAAAAGGUUCUUAAUCACGAUGUAAAAAUUGAGCAAGGGGGUGGUUAUUAUACAAACUUCCAAAUGGUUAACUUGUUUCCCUAUUUACGGGAAGUCACACUCCAUCCGUACUUGAUGCCAGGUGCGGAGCGUGAACCGUACAUAAUAGGCCAACAUAUAGUUGAUGCCAGCUCACGUAUGAUCGUUUUAGAUUGUCUGCUCUCCAAACUGAAGAAACGGGGAUCACGUGUUUUGAUUUUUUCGCAGUUUGUUCUAAUGUUAAAUGUUAUCGAUGAUUAUCUAGCCUGGAAAGGAUACAAAUAUUCGCGGUUAACCGGCGACACUAAAUCGGAUGACCGGCAAACUCUACUGGACGAUUUCAAUGCACCCGGCUCAGACAAAUUUAUUUUCAUGCUUACGACCCGAGCAGGUGGUGUGGGAAUCAACUUGCCUACAGCCGAUACUGUUAUUUUUUUUGACAUCGACUGGAACCCACAACAAGACUUUCAAGCCGAAGAUAGAGCACAUCGAAUCGGUCAACUGAAACAGGUUCAUGUUUUUCGUUUUAUCGUACAGGGAACCGUAGACGAGUUAUUGUACGAAUUCUCGAACCGGAAGCAAGCGCUAGAUAAGGCUAUAAUAAAAAAAAGUAUGGGCGAAGCGGAAAUGUUAGCCGCGGUUAAACGUCACAGCGAGCAUUUAGAAACGGCUAACAGCAUUGAUUUGCCGUCCGUAGAUGGUCAGAUAGAGGACAUCUUCGCUGAGGUGGACCGCGGCGGCCGAAAUGCUCAAGACGGAACACUUUUCAAGGAGGUUUAUCUGAAAGCCACAUUAAAACGACGGCUCUCCGAAGACCUGGAGUUGGAAGCAGUUCCACCUUCUAUUGAUCCGUUUACUCUUGAAGUGAACCAAGUUACCACUGAUACAACUGGAUAUGUUUUCAGACCACGGAGGGCCAAAACACGCAGAGUGUAUGAUGAGUUUUGAAGUGAUUACUAUUUAAUAUUACUAAACUUAGCUUAGUGUUCAUUUAAAUUGUUACUGUUUGUGUUCUGUUUGUCUAUAUGUGACUGAUACAUGAUGAGUCGAAUUCCACUCAAAUGCAGUAGAGAAAAGACAAGAUUCCUUUUGACUUCUAUUAUU